AUGGCCUCUACCCCAGUUCUCGUUCUCCCCGGUCGACGACGCGUAUUCGCGUCUGUAUUCUCGCCAACAUCACCAGAUGACUUCAGGACCGCCACCCUUACAACGAACGACCCAUGGCCAGACCAAGACACCUGGGAUCGGGCAUGGCACGCAGCAACUACGUUUCUCAUGAUCCCAGAUAAUGGAUUUAUUCUUGGGAAACGCCUUAGCGAAAUCGAGUUCCUCCGAUUAUCGAAUCGCCAUAAAGCACCGUCCAAGGAGGUUGCGGACGCGUUGGUCUAUCUAACGGGCGAAGGGCGGGAGGCUCGUGCGGACGGAGAAGAGCACAAUAUAAUUGAUUGGUAUGGGAAUGAGAUACGACGACAUUUCCUAAAGAAUUUUAGAGAUGGAUUGUUCAAGCUCUUGAAUGAUCCCGAGAAAGAGGAAUUGCUGCAGAAGGUCGUGCACUGUCUGCAGCUGGCGCGGAGGGUAUAUUUUGCUCCUCUUAUGGAAUAUGUUCUACCGUUGCUGGACUCCACAGAGCAAGAGAAGGUGUUUAUUAAAUUGCGCCGUGAGUUCCAUAUGAUGGUUUCCCACGGGCUACCGUGGUCGCAGGUAUCGGUGUUGCUUACGCGCGAGCUUACGAAGGAGAUACUGGUUAUACUGGGUAUUGAUACGUUGAGCCAGCUGGGGGAUGUGAAUGAGGCUGCGAGUGUGGAUAAUAUGGAGGUUGACAGGCAGCACUCGGUUUCCUACCGAGACUGGAGAGAUGAACCAUCCGCCGAAAUCCGGAUGCAGAUGAUGACGGAAAGCGAGGAUGCACAGGUUAAUGCAGCUCGUGACCGACUCCUGUCACUACUCACCGGUCUCCAGCUGGUUGGUAUGGGCGGGGACAAAGCCCAGAAAGUCUUCGCGGAUGUCAUGAAUACGAUGGUGACGGAAUUUGUGCGGGCGGCAUAUACAGGUCAGUGGGAGGGCCCAUCUCUGGUUUCAGAGCAUCUACGACAAUGGAUAGAGAAUGUAUUCGCUCGGCUAGUGGUACAGGUUCUGGCUAUCAUCAACGUCCCGGGAUCUGGGGACAAAAAGCCGGACAGUCUCGAUGUUUCUCUGAGCGACGUGGACAAGUGGCAAGAGAUUGCAAUUGCUCGAUUAGGCGCUCUUCGGACAGGGGAACUCUUCGAGAUUACGGUGGAGUGGCCUGCAACUAGUGGUGCCAUUGAAGAUCUACGGCACUUCAUAACGUAUUCAGCGGGACGGAUUCAUUUGACGCACUGCUUUGCUGCGGUACUCAUUCGACGGCUUCUACAUCCGGGCGCCUCCACCGUCGAGAUCUUACAGCUGUAUAUUUCUAUCAUUCGAGCGUUCAAUCUCCUUGAUCCCAAGGGUGUUCUGCUGGAUCGGGUAGCCCGACCUAUUCGUCGAUACCUGCGCGAUCGCGAUGACACAGUUAAAGUCAUUGUCGGCGGUCUUCUGGCCGACCCAGCUAACGCCGAUGGACACACUGCUACUGGCGGAGACACGCUAGUAGAGCUGUCGGCCGAAUUGGCCAAGGCGCACCAGAACUCGCUGAGGAAUGAAACCGGCGAAUUAGACUGGGAUGACAUGAACUGGGUCCCAGAUCCAAUCGACGCAGCGGCUGACUACCGGAAAUCCAAGGCGUCUGAUGUCAUAGGAAGUUUGAUCAGUCUUUUCGAAUCUAAAGAGACAUUCGUCAAGGAAAUGCAGAGCAUGCUGGCAGAGCGUCUGCUAGAGAAGCGGACGGAAUUCGAGCAGGAGUUGUCCGUCCUUGAGCUUCUCAAAGUGCGCUUUGGCGACAGCGCCUUGCAGGCAUGUGAGGUUAUGAUGCGCGACAUCUUCGAUUCCCGACGAGUGGAUGCGGUCGUGCGAAACGACCAAGGGCUGGCUGGUGCAUCGACUGCCCAAUUGCCUGGAACUCCUGACAAUAACGCCUCCCAGCAGCCAGAUCUCCAUGCAAAGAUCCUUUCACACUUCUUCUGGCCGGAGCUUCAGGAGCAGGAGUUCAAGGUGCCGAGGGAUAUCGCCGAGCUGCAGCAACGAUACUCGGCGGGCUUUGCGUCACUCAAGCAGUCUCGCAAACUGACAUGGCUGAACGGAUUGGGCCAGGUGACCGUUGAGCUUGAUCUCGAGGACCGGGUAUUCGUGGACGAGGUUACAACGUGGCAAGCCACCGUGAUCUACGCAUUCGAUUCGGCGUCGAGUAAGAGGGACACUCGCACCGUCGACGAGCUAGCGCGUGACUUGGAGAUGUUGGCGGCCUUGGUCCGCAGCGCGUGCCUCUUCUGGGUCAGCAAGCGCAUUCUAACCGAAGUGCAGCGGGAUACAUUCCGCGUGCUGGAGGUUCUCCCCAGUGAAGACGAGGAGAUCCCUGGCAAUCGAUCCGCCACCGAGAUGGGAGACGCAUCGACCGAGCCCACGCACGCUGCCGCGGCCGCCGAUGCGGCGGCGGCGGCGGCGGCGAAGGAAUCUGCGGAGGCAGCGGCCAUGGAGAAGAUGAAUCUGUAUUGGCAAUUCAUCGUGGGGAUGCUGACCAACCAGGGAGCCAUGCCUUUGCAGCGGAUUGUGAUGAUGUUGAAGAUCGCGGUGCCUGGAGGCUUCCCCUUUAGCAACGAAGAACUGCGCGAGUUCCUCGCAGGUAUGGUAUCCAAGGGGAAGAUCGAGAUCGUCAGUGGAGGAAACUAUCGAAUUGUACAAUAA